GCGAAGAUUCACACACGCAAAUGUCUUCUCCACUCAGGCACAAAUGCCCUAAACCCAUGGCGUUCCCCGCCUCUCGCCGUCUCUCCGCUGCCGCCGCCGCGCCGAAACUCUCCUCCCUCUUCACGCGCCGAGAAGUUCCUAAGCCAAGCCCUCCGCGGCCUCCGGAGUCCAGCGAAGAUCCGCAGCGGCGGAAGCCGAGGCCGAGACCAAGGCAGCCGUGGGGGGAGGAUGCGGCGGCUCUACUCCGGCGGCUUCACGAGGGGCGAUACCUUCCGGGACCCGACCUCUCAGUGGCGCCGCGCGUAGUGUCCCCCGACGUUGUCAAGGCCGCCGCUGAGCGGUUCGGCAAUGAUCACCAGGUCGUCGCCAAAUGGUUGUCUGGCAGUGACUUGAAGACGGUUGCAUUGUUUGGCUGCCCGUCUGUAGAGCGAAGAACAGUUUUUGCAUCAAAAAGAUCACGAGCUUUCUUCAACAUCCCAGAAGAUAAAACAUGCAGCUCUUGCAAGCUAAGAAGUUCAUGCCAGUUUGCUAACCAGGAAGUGCCUCGGUAUGAUAAAGUGAUCCUGUCGGAUACUAUGAGAAUUCUUGCCCUGUUUGUACUGGAUGCAUGUUCUCAGCCACUUCAGGUUACCACUGAAGUAAAAGCUAGUGUUUGCAAACUUCUCAAAGACACCAUAAAUCUAAGCAGUUAAUUGCCUUGAAUGGUAAUUUGUAAUCACUGGAGGUACUAUGUAUAUGUCAGAUAGAAGUUAGGUUCAUGUUUCCUGAUCUCUUUUUUCAUUUGAAUCUCAACCUGUGACAUGAUCUCAGGCAAUUAAUAGAGUGAUGCCCACAUUUAUUUGGAGCA